AACUUUUGAUUCUCAUUCAUUUUCCAGUAAAUGCAUAUAAACUUAAACAUUGAAUCUAAGAAAAUACAGAGAAAAUUAACAAAAUAAAAGAGACACCCACAGCAGAGUUUUUUUAGGAAGCGAGAUCCAGAUCUGAUAGGAGGGAUCACACCCACGGAACAAGCUCCCCUCGUCCCCUUCACCACCAUUCCCAGAAAACUCCUCUGUUCAGAAAAUUACCUACAAAGAUAGACCCAAAUCUCCUCCCAAACCACCGCCUCUCUCUAACAGAACUCUUCUUUCUGCGGCCGUUCUCAAUACCCAACUCAAAACCGAAAAAAACCUCUCAUUCUGCUCCUAAAACCCCUAUUUAUAUUCCUCACAAAAAAAACCCUAUCUUCUACCCAGCACCAAACCCAAACUCUAUACCAAAAUGGACCUAAACCUCACCCAAUCCAAUUCACAUCUACUGUGGAAGGCCCGAUGGUGAGGGUUUUUGGGCCAAUUUUGCAAAAGAAGUGGCCUGGUCUUUUUACAAGCCAAUGGAUUGCUUUUCGAUUGCAGAAGGAUCUCCGACCUUCAAGUACAAACUGCUGAGUUGCAAUUUUCUAACCGUCGUUGCCAUCGCGCAUAACACUCACCACCAUUCCCCAUCGACAGAUCCGACUUCAAUUGCUCCUGUUCCGCUGUUCACUCGCCGGCAUGGUGGGUGCUGAGCCACAGGAAUGGUUAAGGGAUUUCUGUGUUUUUGUCCUUUUUGCGCGGCUGUCGGCAACCCAAACUUCCAAAUCUGAAAAUGGACUUCAUCAUUUCAUUUUUCUUGUUCUAGGAUGAUCGAAGAUGAAGAUAUCGGAGAAAGAUGGAGGUGAUGGUCGAUGAUGCUAGUGGUGGUGGUGAUUGGAGAACGAGGAAGAAGGUGGCUGCCGGCUGAUUUGA